AUGCCGAGCUUCUUCCAAUUCACACAAGGCAACGAAUCCCGGACACGCCCUACGAGUGAUGCCUCGCCUCUACUGGGCCGCUUCCGCGCCGUCCCUCAGCAGUCCGACGUCCCUGGUCGCCGACGCCGCUCCAGCACCCUCGGUCUGUUCGCAUCCAACAACCGCGGAAGCGUCUACGUCGGCUAUGGGGCUCUGCUUUCUGCGUCAGGUCUCGACAGCUACGAUAACGGUGGCACAAGGAGCGAUUGGGAGGAUUUGAGCGCGUGGGAGAGGACUUGGCGCAAGAUCUCCGAUGUUUGGGUAGAGCCCAAGCAGAGUGCCGUCAAGGGGGUCGUCGAUGUUUGGUGGAGUCGGUAUGGGGUUUUGGUGUUGAUGCCCGCUACUCUGCUUUGGCUAAUGGUUGGAGGAGCACAGGCUAUUGCGUGGUGCGCCAUACCGUUCCCCAAGUACUCGUUUCCUAGCGAGGACGAUGAUGACCGAGGUGAUCUCGGGCCGGGGUCCGGGCAUAAGAUACCUGGCCACGGCGAAGCAAGAGUGCAGAUUAACUUUUGGUUCUUCCUCUUCGUCUACUACGGGUUCUACAACGUCACGGCUCUGAUGUGGAUCACCAAGGUCUUCAACUUGUACAGCUUGAACUGGUGGCCACAGUCCCUGGGGUUCCCCGUCACCAUGUCGCUCAUCGCACUGGUGUCCAUCGCGGUCCCGGUCCCCAUUUACCUCAGCCCGGAGACGCGUUUCCUCACCGUACACAACACAGCAUGGAUCUCCUGGACCUUCAUUGUCAUGGCCAUGCCUGUCACAAUCGCAUUCUGCAUCCUUCUCACCUCACAGCGGCACCUCAAGCUACGCCAGUCACUCUCCGAGACGCAGCGUAUCUUCACGUCGUCCUGGUGGACAGGCGAGGCCGAAGGAAGCAUUCCCCGUCGCGACAACCGCCGCCGCCCGAAUCUCAGCAGCGACUCCUUCGACCCGGAGAACACCCUCCAGAUCGCCGCCGAGCAGUCCCGUCACAUGGGCGGCGUCAGGAUGCGCCGCAGGUGGCUCCCCGCCAGCUUCGUCCGCUUCAUCUGGUUCUGCCUAGCCCUCUUUGUUGGCCUCAUGGCGUACGUGAUAGGAGAAGCGUACGCCGAGAUAUACUUGCGGACGCUCCCCCACAACAACUUGGAGACCAUCGUUUAUGUCUACAGCUGGAUCAUUACUGUCCAUCUGCUCGAUGCUCUCACUGGCUGGCUUCUAGGCAUUCGCGAGGGCGAAAGAGUCGGGAGCUAUCCUUUGAGCUGGGUCUUCAAACUAUACUUCAUGCUCACCUACCAAACCUACGUCCGCGCUCUUUACGCCCGUCUCCGCUCUCCAGAGCAGUUCAUCUACCUUCAGAUCCUCUCCAGCAGCACUCUCAUCAUCCUCACCCCGCUCACAAUGUCCCGCCUCUACCACCGCAUCACCGUCGCCCUCAACCUCACGGACCAGUCUUACGCAUCGUAUCAAAAGGUCUGCACCCGUAAUGUUUUCAUCCGCUUCCUGGCCGAGAACGUCUCCAUGGCCGCCUUUCUUGGCAGCGUCCUUGUGCUACAUUUUGGCCCCAACAAGGACGUCUAUCCCUAUUUCGCCUUUGAUCUGAAAGAAACGGGCGACGACUACGACUUCGGGCUUACCUUCUGGGCCUCCUCUGUCACCUGGGCCUGCGAGCUCGUCGCUUCCGUCUGUGUCCGCGCGCUCAUCAGCUGGAUCUUUGGCGUCGACGUCGGCAUGGAGGGCAAGCUCGACCUCGCCGUUUGGCCCGAGCUGCUGCCGACCAGUGUGGCUGUCAUGUUCCAUGUCCUACAGAACAUGUUCUUCUCCAUCAUCCGACUGCAGUUCCACUGA